UUUCCCGCGCCACAGCCCCGAGAGCGAGCGCCGCCGCACGAUCUUCGCUCCUAAACCCCAAACCCCGGGAUUAUGUCAGAGGAUCAAAGACGGGAUUUUCUUCUAAACAGCUGGGAUUAUCGAUCGACCCCCCCGGCCGCUGUAAAAUACGCGAUUUGAACUGUUUUCAAUUACAUUCUUUCGAAACUAUCCGGUUCGGCCGUUAAAAGUUGGAUUCGAACCGCCGCUGAACUCGCAAGGAACUUUGGAGCCGCUUAACCGAAAAAAAACAGAUAAUGCUUUUUGCGGAAUUUAAACAGCGUCUUCCGUUCGCGUACACGUGUACUAUCUUUUUCAGGCGAAGGAAUAAGCAGCCGUGUCCAUCCGCUGCUGAGCAACCGAUCUUUCUUCUCGCGGAGCGACUCUCCGCUGUGCGCCUGUAGUUCCAGCUCGGAUACUCCGCCGUUCACCCCCUUUUUUAUUUUGUUUCAUCCGCCGAGAAGAGGUAGUUUUUUUUUUUUGUAACCGCAAGAUACCUGCUCCAACCAGUUGGUUGAAAUGCUCUUUUUAUUGCCGUUUAAUGUGCACGGUCCGUCGUCUGUAUUUUCCAAACCCUCCCCGAAGCUGUAAAGAGCGAACUUUCCGAAUACGGAUAUUUUUGGGCACCCAUGACCGAAACGAUGGCGUUAAGUGGAAACUCUAGAGCUAAAGACAACAGCUUUCCAGACGUUAUUGAACUAAACGUCGGGGGGCAAGUGUAUUAUACCCGCCACACCACGUUAAUCAGCAACCCCGGCUCUCUUUUGGGGAAAAUAUUCUCUCCUAAAAACAACGCGUCGAAUGAUCUGGCCAGGGACCCCAAAGGUCGUUACUUUAUCGACCGGGAUGGGUUUUUGUUCAGGUACGUGUUAGACUACCUCAGAGACAAGCAAGUUGUCCUCCCCGACCACUUCCCCGAGAAGGGAAGGCUGAGGAAAGAAGCGGAGUACUUUCAAUUGCCAGACUUGGUUAAACUCUUAACCCCGGACGACUCGAAGCCCAGUCCCGACGAAUACAUCCACAGCGACUACGAGGACGGCUCUCAAGGAAGCGACCAGCGGAUGUGCCCUCCGCCGUCGCUCGUCCCCGCCGACAGAAAAAGCGGCUUCAUCACUGUGGGAUAUCGCGGGUCUUGCACGAUGGGCAGGGAGAGUCAAACCGACGCCAAAUUCCGGAGGGUGCCGCGGAUUAUGAUUUGUGGGAGGAUCGCGCUGGCCAAAGAAGUUUUCGGCGAGACCCUGAACGAGAGCAGGGACCCGGACAGGACCCCUGACAGAUACACGUCCCGCUUUUACCUCAAGUUCAAGCACCUGGAGCGCUCUUUCGACAUGCUCUCGGAGUGCGGCUUCCAGAUGGUCGCCUGUAACUCGUCGGUGACGGCCUCGUUCGUCAACCAGCACACCGACGACAAGAUAUGGUCAAGUUACACUGAGUACGUCUUUUACCGUGGCCCGUCUCGAUGGUCUUCUCCACCUUGCGACUGCUGCUGCAAGGGUCACAAAGGCGAAGGCGAAGGCGAAAGCGGAACCUCCUUCAACGAACUCUCCACCUCCAGCUCAGAGAGCCACUCCGAGGCCAGCUCGCCGCAAGGUACCGUCAUCCGAGGGCCUGUCAGCCGACAGACGCACGUGCAGACACUGGACAGGCCUCCCAAGAAAGGCCCCGUUCAGCAUCUCCUGCAGCAGCAGCAGUCCGAGCAGCGACGUAAGAGCGACCUUCUCCGGACGCUCACCGCAAGUUCCCGGGACACCAGCACCUGCAAGAAGCGUCCAGCGAAAGAAAAGUUGACUGUGGAAGAGGAGCUGGAGAAGUGCAUCCAGGACUUCCGCAAGAUCAAGAUUCCCGAGCACUUUCCCGAGCGCAAGUACAUGUGGCAAGCCGACCUCCUGCGCAAAUACCGUCUUUGAGGAAUGGCGGUAACCUAAAAGCGCAAGCUACAAUAGCGUACGUGUUCACUACUAAUACUACAACUACUAUUGCUAGUACACUCCACUCUACUACUGCCUCUGACUCGUUGUCAAUGUCUCUCGAUAACCCGAGCGACCACUUCAUCCGCUCAAACGCUAAUUGUUUACCUGUAGACACUUACAUUUUUGUAGAAUUCCAGAGAGACGCGAGUGUUUUCGAAAGACGCACCACUACUUGUCUCUUUGGUUUCGAUCUCCCUUGCCGAGUUACACUUUGCGUGUAAUCGCGUUUGUUACAACUGAAUUUUUGACCUCGGUAUGUUAGUGCCACGGCGACUGAGUUGAGGUGGCCCAGAGGUUGAAAGAUGAAUGUGUAUCCAGCUCAUAAAUAAUGCAUGUGGUCCCAACUGUGCCCUUUCUAAGAAUAGCCACUGCCUUGGCGGAUGUAAGAGUGGGUUUCCAUUUCAACACUCUGAGAAGCACAGAAGACCAUGGAGCCAAGCUUUUUCGGAUUCUCCACGUUCCAUUUUCAUACCUCAGCCGAGCUACAAUAAAAGUCACAGCAUAAAAGGGUUGUGGGUGGAAACUCAAUAGCAUCACAAAAAGGCUUUGAAACUGCUGCAUGAAAUCUAUUGAUUUAAACAUGAUAUUCCAAAUGGGAGUAGAUGACGGCUUACUCCUGAGGUCAAAGUUUAAAUAUGGAAAAUUCAUGACAAUAACAGGAAAGGGUAAAGAUUAUAUGCUGGAAGCAAUCACUCAUUGAUCAACAUGAACAUAGUUUAGGGUCAUGCAAUCUUUUUGCCGUUCAUUCCAUCACAUACAAUAUUGAACGAAUAUGAGAAAUGGAAGACGUGUUUGCUCGGUAAGGAAUAUUAAUUUUGAGACCUAUACAUAACUGAGGAUAAUUCAGUGGAAACGUUGGUGUAUGUCAUGGUUAAUAGUGAACAAUAUCCUUAAUAAACACCAAUAAAGCUUAGAUAUAUUUUGUUUAACUAAUUUUAAUUUAAGUCGCUGCUACUGAGUUUAUUUUAAAACUGUGCUAAGGAAAAUGGAUUAAUAGCUUACAAUAUUUAAAUAAAAACUAAAAUAAUAAUAAUAAUAAUACCACAUUUUAUUUCAAACUGUUCAAUUACAAUGGACAAUUAUGGAAAAAAAUGCUGCUUCAUCAUUAAUUUUCUUUCCUAUAUUUUAUACCCUUACUAAUGAACAGCCGUAAACUGAGUUUAUGCUUUUAAUGUAACACAAUAAUUGCAAAAAUGUGACUAGACGUUCAAAGAGAGGCGCAUAAGUUUAUACUGUACUGCAAGAUGUGGACCUUUUGAUUUGUAUUGCAUUUUAUAUAUAUACUUAUAUAUAUAUAUAUAUAUACACUUGUUAUGAAAUCGAUUCAGUACGUAAAUGACAGACACGGUCUUGCAAACUCUUUUGCAAGUAGCCCUUUGAAUUGGAAUAUAAAUUAAAAUUCAUUGAGCGCUAAUCAAAAUCUAGCCUCCAGCCUCUCAUUCUCCUAUCACGAAGUCUACUUACCACAGAUAUAAAAAUGAAAGGGCAGAGAGAAUAUCAUCUAUAAUAGAAUAGAUUAUUUAUUAACUGGGUGCGUAAAAGGAUAUAUGAAAAGUCAUUAUUUUAUUGCACAGGUUUCCAACUUUAUUCCCAAACGCUGUCCAUAUUGUAAAAUAAUAACAUUGCGAAUCACUUGUAAAUAACAUUAAAACGUAUUUUAUAUGAAUUGCACUUGUAAUCUUUAAUAGAUUACUCUUAGAUCACUCAAGACAGCUAAACAAUAAAAGUGUUUGGAAUCCAUAUGAAUAUAUAUAUAUAUAUAUAUAUAUAUAUACAAAUUAUAUAAUAAAGUACCAGAUGAAGCUACAGUAUCUGAAUGGGAAAAGACACAACUGUGGAAUUAAAGUUGAGCUGUUGUAUGUCACACAUGAGCACAACUCACCUAAAGCACAAACUCACCGCUUCUUUAUACCAGGAAGUACCUGGGCAUUCAGGUGGCAUCCACGCUGUGCUGUGCAGGCACCACAAAACAACACUCUAGCUUCUGUAAUUGGCUAUUAUUUCCUAUUUAUUUCAUAUAGGCCUACAUCUAUAUGUACACUGUUUUGGAGAUAUAUAGCAAUGGCUAUAUAUUUUUAUACAGUAGCCAGAAAGAGAGAUCAAUACAUGAUCAUUUGAUUAAAUAAAAGAGUCAGAGAUGGAAUUAAUGGCGUGAAAUUCCAACUAAAUUUUGAGUCACACUAUUAGGUGGUCUUAACUGCUAUGCACUUGCAUCAAAAAAUAUGUACUUAUUGUGGUCAUAUAAGACACUUUUGCUGCUAUUGGCGGGGGAUACGGGUCAGGGACUGGUUUGGUGGGAUGGGUAGGUUUAAAGGAUGGGUCAGCGGUGUAGUUAUACGUGUAAUUACAGGAAAUAAUUACAGAUAUUAAUAUCAGUACAACGUAAGAACAUGUAUGUACACAAUAAGUGCAUUUCACUUUAAAUGUAAGUACAUUUAAGGACACCUAAUAUAAAGCGGGAUGUUUACACCACAUCGCUAAUCACAGCCAGAUGAAGUAGAAAGCGGGAAAACCCGUCUCUCCCGUUUAAAGAUGCUUUCACACUGGCAGCGGUUCACGUGAAACAUUACAAUAAUCCGACUGGCUGUUAUCGCGCUGCGUGUAGCAUUAGCACUGAACUAGGCCUCUUUCACACUCCGUGCAAAACAGCAUUGGAUUUGGCCAAAAUACAGUAAAAAUGCCCUAUAAUUAUAAUUACCGUAACAACGUUGUGCAAUAUAUGCUUUUAAAUAAGGGAUUAACUACUCGCCUGCUUUCAUUUCUGUUUUCUAGCGUAAUAACACAAAAAGUGUAAUAAAUCCGGGGUCCGUUCUGUGUAAAAUUAAUUACUUCGGAGAUAUAAUAUGAUCCCGCUCCUCAUGCAAAUCAGAUUUCACAAUGAUCAGGUUUGCAAAAGUUGGUGGUGCAUAACCGCUUGAAAAUGCGUUCUCAUUAUGAGGUGCGUGCGGUUUACAUUGGAGAACAAAAUGGCAAGAUAUCGUCAAGCCCGUGAGAAAGUCUCGAAGGAACCGGCGGUAAAUUAGCCUUUUGGGUUCUGCAUCAUUCUACCGCACGCUCUUGAUAACCAUUGUAUAAUUUACGGCCAUUAUUAGAGCAAAUGUUCCCGCUGCUGCUUCUCUUGCGAUGCGGUGUGAAACAGGCCUCAGAGUUGCUGAUGUUCAUUUGAAAUUCCAGGCCCAUGACACAGGUUUCAUCUCACUUCUCUCAGAGGUACGGCUCUCAGCGCUUUCACAUUGGCGCAUUUUUCAAUAUUCUGCAAUAUUCCUCGUAACUGUCAGAAAAUAAUGAGAACAUCUUUUUUUCUUUUUCUUAAAUGAUCCUGUCUUUCUCAGACCGGACGGGAUAGCCCGGUUCCCCCUUCUCUGUGUUAAAGGAAAAGCUCGCGUCUUGCUAUUUAUUAAAGUCCUCGGCAAGCUGUAGCUUGAGAUCAGUGUUAUGCUGUUGUGCUCGACAUGUUUAUUUAUUAUUUAUAUACGCUCGCGCGUUCGGUUUCGCACCAACCGAUAAUUUCAGAUAACUAAAGAAACACCUCUGCUAAUAAACCGGCAGCGAAUUAUAGUCUUCCGCACAGCCGGGAUCGGAAAUCGGCCAAAGGAUGAGGCUGCAGGUAUCAGUAAAAGUGACAAAAAUGUCAAAAUGUAUGAUUUUUUUUUUGUUUGAUAUAUUUCGUAAUAUUCUGAUAAAGGCCUUAGACAUAGAUAAAACGUGUUGCGCUAUAUGUUAUAUCUUCCCGAAGGCAUACAAUCAGUUAAAAAUGAUCGGCACUGCAUCAAGCAGAAAUGUAAAACCCUAUUUUUUUGCAAAAGUUAAAUUAUAUAAUAAUAAUAAUAAUAAUAAUAGGCAUUAAAACUACACUGUACAUACUCUUAAAUUCAAACACGAAGAAGGAUCGUUUAUCAUUGUUACCCAACGCAAUCGCUCAGUUCAUUACUCUUUUGGCGAUUUUGUUGGCUAAUUCAUCCGAAAUGUUCUUUUUACGAAGAAAAUACGAAUUUUUUUUAUUUUUAAUGUAAUGCACUUACGACCCAGUUGCGUAAGGAUAGAGGCGGAUCUCAUGCUUCUUCUAUUUACUUCUAAAAAUCUAGUCCAACGCCGCACAAAUUCGUACGAAUCUUCCACCAUCAUUUCAUACGAGUUUCACAUUGAGCGCUUGCACCCGUUAAAGAUUGUACGACGUGCGCAAAACCUCUCAAAGCGGUCCGUUUUGAAGUUCGCUCUGUAUUUUCUCGAGCGCGCGGAGGAAUGAAAGAGACGUUUAGGAUCGUUGUUGAUGUCUACGUCGUUGCGCGCAAUGGAAAAUGUGCAUCAAGACGUACCAGUCGAGUGAAGCGGGUUCGAAAAGAAAGGAAAUGCGACGGUACCGAGCAACUUUUUGAAACGGGCCAGCGAGGAGAAAUGUUUGGCGCAUGUUUUGGAGGCACUGCGUCUGUUUCGGCUUCUUUCGGAUGUUCACAUGCUCGUGGCCCGCUCUCCCGCCAGGCAGGCCUGCUUAAGAUGUCGCCUGGCGUACCAACAGCGACACCCCCUAUUGUUUGAGCGCUUUUUAUGUUUUCUUUUAAACCCACGAAAAAGACGGGGGAAAAAAACAGACUGACAAAACCGUACGUGCGAGAAUAAAACUAAUAAGCGAAUGCAUUAAAACGCUCCGUUUGAAAAGGUGCAGAACACGCCACAAAAAAGGAUGUCGUUCGGUGUUGUUUCGACUUCAAAAAAGGUCCGGAUCAUUGUGCGCAUGCCAGUGUAUGAAUUAUUGCAAAAUGUUUGUCUGUUCGUGAUGUUAAAACAUACCAAAAAUACAGGGAAAAAAGGUAAAGCACAAAGUGUGGGUUGUGUCUGCUAAUGUUUGCCACAAAUGUACUGUAUAUUGUUAUGUAUAAAAGAGAGCAUCGUCUGAGAUGUCUUUAGAUACAAGCAUAGAGGAUUUAAAAAUGUACGAGUACAUCAAAUAAAGUUCUAUAGAAACCA